GCCUCUCUCAGAUAAUGCCGGUGGCCCGGUAACUUCCGAGUCGGGAAAAUUGUUCGGGCUUGUCAAUGCGCCCUCUGGCCCUUUGUAUAGACACUAAUAUUUGCAGAAUUACCUGUAAGUCUAUUUUUUUUUGUUCGGUGUACCGAACCAUCAAUUAAUUCGGAAAUCCAGGACAUAGAAAGUCAAAACAAAACGGUCAGGACGUCAUGUGUAAGUUUUUGAACUGUCAGGUGUUCUAGCAGCAAUGAAGCAUGUUACCUCUGAACAAAAUGUUACCCUGGAGUCGUUGAAAAUUGCCGGAAGUGGGCAGCUCACAAUGAGCCAGGUGAGCACUCGCUGCCUUUCCCCAGGCAGUAAGUCCUACACCUUUCUAACCUGUUUUCUUCUUACCCGCCUUUACCAUAAAAGGAAGAAGGAAGCUGGCGAAAAGCAAGGGCGAGCCUGCUCCACCAUGGUGACCAUACUCGAGCGAAACUCCAAGUGUCAGCAGCAGUCUGCUCCACCUCCCCAGUGUACCCAAUUCCAGAGACAUGGGAGUGAACCUGGUGACAAUCGUGCUGCUUCUGGCCAAAACACUGGGUCGUGCAGAAGCAGGUUCCUGCUCUUCUGGAAGUGCACUCACUUGUGAAGACUGUUUGAGGCUUGGGCCGCUGUGUAGUUGGUGCUUCCAGGAGGACUUCAGUGACGAAUCAAAUUUUGGUGGAAGAUGUGACACCCUUGACAAUCUCUCGUUGCGUGGAUGUCCUCCGGAGUUUAUUGAAUCUCCUGUCAGCCACCUUAGAGUUGUAAAAGGCGAGCCUUUAAGCUUGACCAGUGAGAAGAGGGACGGGAAAAGGAUACAAAUGUCCCCACAAAAACUUGUACUUAACCUGCGACCAGGCAGGCGGCUGACAUUUGGAACGGAUGUGCGGCAGUUUGAAGAUUAUCCAGUCGAUCUCUAUUACCUAAUGGACCUUUCUGCCUCUAUGAUUGAUGACCUGAACAGAAUUAAAGAACUGGGCUCCUCUCUCUCCAAAGAAAUGGCUAAACUGACCAGUAACUUUAAACUGGGCUUUGGAGCAUUUGUAGACAAGCCAGUAUCUCCUUUUAUCAAAACUACACGGAAGGAUUUAGCCAAUCCCUGCUGGACUCAGGACGCAGAAUGUUUGCCCACAUUUGGUUAUAGACACAUGCUUUCACUGACUGAGGACACAACAAAAUUUAAUGAAGUUGUUCAAAAACAGCAAAUUUCUGCAAAUGUAGAUGAUACUGAAGGAGGAUUUGAUGCAAUAUUACAAGCAACUGUCUGUAAGGAAAAGAUUGGUUGGCGUAAUGAUUCCUUGCACUUGUUGGUAUUUGUGACUGAUGCUGAUACACAUUUUGGAAUGGACAGCAAGUUGGCUGGAAUUGUCAUACCUCAUGAUGGAAAAUGCCACUUAGACAAUGAGAACAAAUAUACAAAGUCAACAGCAAUGGAAUAUCCCUCACUUGGGCAGCUAAUAGAAAAGCUUGUGGAAAACAACAUCUUGCUGAUUUUUGCUGUGACAGAUAAGCAGCUAAACACAUACAAGAAUUAUGCAACACUGAUACCUGGUGCCACAGUGGGGCGACUCGCAAGUGAUUCUGGAAAUAUCCUUCAAUUGAUUAUUAAGGCCUACAAGGAACUGCGAUCAGAGGUGGAGCUGGAAGUGACAGGAGAUACUGAUGGAGUGCGGUUCUAUUUCACUGCUAUCUGUCAAGAUGGUGCUAUCCUCCAAGGACAGAAAAAAUGUUCUCAUCUCUACAUUGGAGACACAGUCUCUUUCAAUGUGACUGUAGAAUUGGAAGAAUGUCUGAAUGAACCUAAGCAUAUCGUAAUCAAGCCCUUUGGAUUCAGAGACAGCCUAGAGAUUGAGAUACAGCCAGCUUGUAGCUGCAGCUGCCAAUCAAAUGCAGAGCACAAUAGCUCAAGAUGCAGCAACGGCAGUGGCUCUUUCCAGUGUGGUGUAUGUGUUUGCAAUGCUGGCCGAUUAGGUCCUCAUUGUGAAUGUACAGAAGAGAACAUAAACACAGGUAGCUGCAAGCACAGUGCAGAAAAUAUUUCCUGCAAUGGUCGAGGAGACUGCUACUGUGGGCAGUGUGUCUGUCAUCCUUCUGAAUUUGGACGAAUAUAUGGUGCCUAUUGUGAAUGUGAUGACUUUUCGUGUGUGAGAUUUAAAGGACUUCUGUGUGCAGGUAAUGGGCAGUGUGAUUGUGGAGAAUGUCACUGUCACCACGGCUGGAGUGGUGAAUACUGCAAUUGUACAGCCAACACUGAUCUUUGCAUUUCUGAAGAUGGUGCAAUAUGUAGUGGCCAUGGAGAAUGUAUCUGUGGGAAAUGUGUCUGCACACAUGCAGGAUCCUCGGGGGAUAAAUGUGAAAAAUGUUCAACUUGUGGUGACACCUGCACUUCGAAACGGAGCUGUGUUGAAUGUUACCUUUCUAACAUGGAUGGAUCAGUAGAAGAAUGCCAAGAAAAAUGCAUGAUAGUUGAUUCCACAGUCAAUCAAACCACAGGAGAAAAUGGCCCAGAAUAGGGCCAAGUCGGAUGCAUCAGAGCCAACAUCUGUUUGCUUAGCCCCUGUAAGGAGAGGAUCCUUGCCUUAGCAGGCAAAGACAGAGAUCAUUCAUGCAGUGAUGUCAACACCCAUGCCCAGGUGACUAAGAAAGAAUCAUUGUGCAGUGCUCUGCUGUUCAUCCAAUACCAGCACUGUGAAUGGAUUCCGAACAUGCCUGAACCUCGACCCAUAUUUUGCAACUCUGUUGUCUUUCAUCUUCUGUAGGUACCACUGGAAUCUGUACAAUUUGCACCUUAAGAAAAGCAGCCAAGCAAGACAUCAUCCCCCUCCUCCACAUCUGAGGAAGAAGUCACAGAUCCCUCAGAGGAUGCAACAAUAAGGCUGCCCUCUGCACUCACCCUGCAGCUCAGCUCCUGACACCUCGGUGGGUACAUUAGGUAGAUUAGAGUCAGGAGUACAUGCUGGUGAGCACAUCCCACAUCUCUUCAAGAAAGAAAUGCCCUAGGUCGCUGGCACUUCGAGGACUGCCAAUGGCCUGCCACCUCCUCAGCUCCAGACAGGAGAGCAUUAACAAAUUUAUCCAAUGGCACAAACAGUUGCAGGAGCAGCAGGCAGCCAAAGGCACUGGGCAAAGACGGGAGCAUGCCAUGAACAUUAUUUGUACCAAGCUGCCUCUGGCAUGCAAGCAUCUGACUGCCUCCUGGAUGGGUUGGCAGCUGCCAUGCCGACUCAGGUUUAGCACACACAAUGUCAGCUGGAUAUACGCACAAGUUUAGAGACAAAAGUACUGCAGAUGCUUGUAUCCAAAGUAGGCAAGCAUAUGUACAAACCUGCAUUCCAUUAUCUUAGCCAUUGGUACUUAGAACCCACCCGAGCACAAGGCUUUGUCAAGAUUGAAUAAUGGAGCAUUGGAUGUUGUGAAGGUUUUCAUCCAUUAGCAACCUUAACUUUUAUUAAACAGCAUGAAGUGCACUACAUAUUAAAGCAUUAACCAGUAAGGAUUACACAGGGGAGUUUGGCCUUAGCAACAUCAAAAGAUUUGUAAUGAAAGACUAAUUCCUACAACUCAGUUCCGUUGAACAGAGAAGUCCUACCUGGGUGAAAUUGCUGCGCCGUAUGAUGCUGAAGGUGCUGUUUUGCCUGAAGAACAUCCUCAGCUUCUUACUCAACACAACUCUGCGACUUUUACAAAUCCACAUCAUCCAUUCCAUACCCUCAAUGCACCUUCACAUUGUCUUGAGCAGAGAUUCCAAGGAUCAAACAGCCUCCUCUAUCUGGGCUGAACUGUUACAAUGCCCCAUACCAGUACUUAACCUGCAUGGAAACCUGAUCAUGCAGGUUUGCCCCGGAAGACUAAAAGGUGUUGCAUUAUAGAUACACUAUGUCAUGACAUGGCAUUCUGACCUGUAUCCCGUGACUGAGUAUGAUGCCAC